UCUUCCCAGUCAACCGCGAGAGUUCAGUGCGGAAACGAGCCGAAGAAAUGACGGAUCCAGUGAUGCAGAGUCGGAUUUUUUCGAGUGAGAUACGAAUCCGAAACGAAAAAAACGAAGAAAUUAUUAUAUUAGAAGCUCAGUUAAAUACAAUCCUGAACAGGAAUUUGGAACUUCUCAUUACAUAUGUUGAAAAUUCGAAAGUACUGUUUAUGCCUUAUCCAAUCGAAACCAUCAGACAAUUCGUUACUUAUGUACAGACAAACGAUCCCGGAUUGACAUCUAUUAAACAAGCUUUCUAUCUGUAUCAUCUGAGUUUAAGAUACGAGUUAGACAAUUUAAUAAAGAAAUGCAAAUCAUUUAUCAUUCGGAAGAUAAAACUGGAUACCGUCUGUUCAAUUCAUGACUUUGCACGUGAGAUCGGUGAUCUGGUCAUAACUUAUUAUUGCUGGGUAGGUUUCAACAAACACGGAGGAAAACUAUUUGCAACAGACGACUUUAUGUGCUGUAAAAUUGCAACAAUUGAUAGACUGUUAUCUCGAGCGAUAUAUGAAUCUGUCAGUGAAUUGCAUUUAUUCCAAGCCGUGUAUCAGUGGAGCAUAGAAGAAGUUAAAAAAAUAAUGGGUGAAUAUCGCUUCCAUUCGUUGAAUGAAGAAUCGAAAAGGAAUGAAAUAAGAAAUGUUAUGAAGCCAUUUAUUGGAAAAGUCAGAUUUCUUGCCAUGAAUGAAGAAGAAUUGCAAACUUUUGUUUAUACAAUGAACUUGUUAAGCGAAGAAGAAAAGAGUCAUAUCUGGCAUGCUUAUAAGACUGGUGUUUAUUCCUUUUAUCCCAGUUACUUCAGUCGAGAAACAAAAACCAGAAGCGGAAUAAAUUAUUGUAACUUGUUCUCGUACGUAAAUCGUGGAGUUCCUUUUAUGGUCGCAAACAGAAAGAUGGAAAAUUACAUAUAUUUUAGCAGCGAAGUAGUUGUGAGGGAAGAUUGUUUUGUCACGGUUCUUCGAUUUCCGGUGAAGCUUGGCAAAAGUUUUCCAAUGUACGUACACGCGUAUAUUAACAAUUUGAAUAACGUAUAUUUUUCGUUUGAAACCGUUUGCAAUCCACGGGGAGUAGCAAAUUUGGAAACGAAGUUUGUAUUUAGAAAAAUAUUCGUCUAUUCGUUUUUUUGCUUACUUUUUCCACGCUGAAAAUGUCCAACCCGAUAUCGAGUUUUCACCUGAACUGAGUUACUUUGUGAGCGACGAAGGAACAGAUGCCAGGAAAUUUGAAGACAAAAUUCUAACCGGUGACAGAAACCUUAUGAAUAAUAUUUACUUUUCGGUUGAUUUAUAUUUUUGAAAUCAUAAGUUUUCCUAGAUAAAAGCGAAAUGUAAACGAAAAUAUAAUGUAAAGUUAAAUUGGAAUAUGAUUAUUUCUUAGUGUAUCGCUGUAAAAUUUUCGAAAAUAUGUGUGUACGUGAAUGGUAAAACGAAUUUAUUGGGAUUACAGGAAACAAAAUUUAAAUUUAAAGUGCUUAUUAAUGUAAUUUUUUUCAGGAAAGUAUAUUGUCAUUAGUUGAGUUGUUUGUAAUUUAAAAUUUAGUAUUUUCAAAUAUAUCAUCAUCAAGAACGUUUAUAAUUGUCAGCAUUUUAAUAAUAAUUUCGUGCGCGAUUUCAUUUUUUAUCGCAGAGAUGUUCGAGAAAGAAAUAUAAUUACAAUCUUACAGUAUUAAUGUUUUAUUUCUUCAUGUUAAUGACGAUAGAAAUAUGAAAAGUUAAGAAGAAUUUUCGUCUAAAUGUAAGAGCUAUUCGAUAUCCACAUUUGAUUACAAAAAAAUUAAACAGUAGCAAUAAAAAAUU